AUUUUAUAUUUUCAUUACAUUGAGACCUUUUGUUAAUAAAAUAUUAAAGUGUAUUCAAUGUACCAUGAACCGUACGUAAAAUUAGAAAGUAAAUUAACAAUCUGAGGGGGAACAAGUACAUUUCGAAGUAUUUUUGACUUUGACUUCGAAGGAGAUGUUUAACCCUGAUUUAAAUGAUUACCAGCUGACUUCGAUCAUAGCUGAGUGUUGCGGAGGCGUGGCUGUUGUGUAUUCAGCCGUUUACAAGCCAUACAACCAAAAUGUGGCCAUUAAAAGAUACUUUGUUGAUAAGUCGAAAGAGAAGGCAAACUUGAUUCAGCAAGAUAUUUUAACAAGAAAGGAACUACAACAUCAAAAUAUACUUCCGUAUUUCACAUCAUUUGUUCAUGGCCCGGAACUAUAUGUUGUGUCUCCGUUGAUGAGCCUGGGCUCAUGUCGGGACAUCCUGGACAGAUAUUUCCAAGAAGGACUGCCAGAAUUGGCUUGUGCACUUAUACUUAGAGAUGUUUUACUAGGCUUACAAUAUUUACAUAAACAAUUUUAUAUUCAUAGAAGUGUCCGAGCAAGUCAUGUGCUCGUGGACACAAAUGGCAGUGUAAGGCUGUCAGGGUUGCGGAGUGCAGCAUCCAUGAUGGUGCGGGGACGGAGACAGAAACAGCUACAUAGCCUGCCACCUCCUGACCACGACAAUGCCAAUCUCAUGUGGUUAAGUCCAGAAUUGUUAGAACAGAAUCUUAGAGGAUAUGAUGAGCAAUCGGACAUUUAUUCAUUUGGUGUGCUGACAUGUGAGUUAGCCAAUGGUGCAGUACCAUUUGCAGAAAUUCCUACCACACUGAUGUUCACGGAGAAGGUGCGGGGGAGCCGGCCUCAGUUGCUGGACUGUACCUCAUUCCCAGAACCCCUCACUGAGGAGACGAAGAACGCGUACGCGACGGACAGCGGCGUGGGUGACAGCGCGGAGGGCGUGUGGCGGCUGCGGCGCGUGUACGAGGCGCGACAGCUCUCCGAACACUUCCACAGGCUAGCCGACGCCGCGCUACAGAGGGAACCUGAGCGAAGACCAUCAGCGACGCAAUUGCUGAACCACCCGUUCUUGAAACAGAUACGAAAGACUGACUUCUUGCCGAGUCUCAUUGGACGAGUUAAACCUAUCAAACCUGAUUCAGAUGACAUAUCAGCGCUUCUCCUACAGGAAAAGUUGUCGGAAAUGGAGAUAGAGAAGUCGACAGAAUGGGAUUUCUAGUACAACAAAUUAUUAUUAUCUUGCCAGAGACGUCAAAGUUGUGACAUAGAACAUAUUUUUUUACUUGAUUUGAUAAUCAGCUUUGAAACAUAGAAAUAAUUACACCGAUCCAUGAAAAAAGCAAAGGUAAAAUUUUGCUAUUUUUUUUUCAAGUCGCGUCCGUAGCUGCAAAAAUAUGUACUAUAUUUUUCUAAUGGAUGAAGCUGACUGAAGCUUCAGUAUAAGGACUUACAGUAUUCAAAGCAUCGCAGAAAGUGCAAUUUUAACUCCAAUAAGACCAUCUAGCCCAUAUCACUGCCCAAAUGCUCCUCAUGUCAUGUGAUAUCAAUGAUAGUUUAAACUUUAAGGACCAUUUCUCGUAAUAUAAUAUCUUUAGUUAAGUUAAAUUAUCAUACUUGAAGUUGACAAUUCGAGGCUAUUUCUGUGUACUGAAACGCGUCUAAGGCUGCGUUUCCACCAGAGAUGUGUUGCGAGGAAAAUGUUUUUGAGAACCAAUAGAAUCGCUUCACUGACGUGACCUCGCUUAGCGCAGCGACUCUAUUGGAUCUUAAAAACACAAUCCACGCAACACAUCUCUGGUGGAAACGCAGC